UGGAAACAUUCCGACCAUUUCCUUUUGUGAUACUGACUCGCCGAUGCGAUAUGUUGACAUUGGUAUCCCUGCUAACAACAAGGGAAAGCACAGCAUCGGUUGCCUUUUCUGGUUGUUGGCAAGGAUGGUUCUUCAGAUGCGCGGCACAAUUGCUCCCGGACAGAAGUGGGAUGUGAUGGUGGAUCUAUUUUUCUACAGGGAACCUGAGGAAGCUAAAGAGGCAGAAGAGGAGGAGACUGUUGCGGCCCCUGAUUAUGGACUCCCUCCAGCAGAUUUUGGAAUGGGUGGGUUAGCAGCUGAUCAAUGGCCUGCGCAAAUAGGCGAUCAAUGGUCUGCUGACAUGGUUCAGGCACCCAUUUCUGGUGUCCCUGCUGCUGUUAACUGGGGUGACCAAGUUGCAGUUGGUGGUGCUGAAGGGUGGGAUGUUGCAGCCGCUCCAGCACAAAUCCCAGGUGUUCCCGUCGAUGUCACGGCCCCUGCUCCCACAGGUUGGGUGUGAGAGGGAUUCAUUUUAAAUUUUGGCAAAAAUGUUUUGUUUUAAAAAGAACCAUUUUGAACUUUGUUAUGAUAAAGAUGGAAUUGUGUGUU